AUAGAUGUAUAAAUAUUCUAAAUAAUUAUCAUUAUCAAUUAUCGACUUCUUCAAAAUCUAAAUACAUAAUGUUGAAAUUUAGCGAUUCAAUAAAACGUAAAAAUAACGACAAUGAAAUUAGUCUUGACGAUGACGUGAUAAUAAUGCAAAAACCACAAAACACUCGUGAUUCAGAAUUAUCAAGUGAAAAUUUUAAAGUUUACAUUGGUUUGAAACCAUACACUGUUAUGUACAAUUCAAAUGAAGUAAAUAAAUUAAUGCAAUACAUCCAUCACAUUAUUGAUUACGCGUGGAAUUAUAUUGAAACAUCGCGAUUUACAAAUUUAAUCGAUAAUGUUUGGCAUGUUGCGAUCAAUAUGGUAUCGACAAUACUAAAAUUCAAUAAUUUUACGGGUAUUGAUAAAUGCAAGGUAUUAAUUACUGAAAAUAGUGUAUUGCUUAGCGAGCCAAUUGUUAUUACAUUAAAUAAUCCAUCAAUGACAAGUAAUUUAUCAGAUAAUGUUAAUGACUCAUCAGUUAUGUCUUUGGAAACACAAUCGCAGUCACAAUCAGGAUUACAACAACCGUGUGUUAUGGUAUCGCGUAAAUUAUUACGAGAAUGUUGUAAAAUAAAUCAGUUGCCACAAAUAAAAUUUGAUGAUAAUACACGAUUAGAAAAUUUAGAAGAACAUGUUAUAAAUUGUGCUUAUGAGCAUGUAAGAGAAGUUCCAUUGCAAGAAGAAUUAUUACAAUUAUUAGUUGCUGCGGAUCAUGCUGCUAAUCAUUUUAUGGAAGAAUUAACAUAUCAAAAAACUGAUUACAUUAAUCAUAAAAAUUUUGCACGGUCAUUUUAUACAUUACAUUCUAAAAUAAAUAUACAAUGUAAAAUGAAUGCUAAACAUUUGCCAUUAAAUUUACUUGCUCGUUCGGAUUAUUAUGUUUGAAUUUAUAAUUAUGGAUUUUAAAUUAAAUU